AAAGAGGAAGCUGGGGCAUGGGGAGUCACCUAGAAAGGUUUAAGAGAGAAGAGUGGUCAUCCACUUGGUGACUUCUCUGCCCCCGCCCCCCCUGUAUGUGGAAACGUGGAGCAUCAGUCUCUGUUACCAGCCUCUGGCACUGACUACAGAUAUAAAGGAGUUUUGGACAACAGCUGGAGGCCAACAAAGUCUGUAGAGGUGGUGCUCGGGUGAUGUGCUAACCAUGACCGGGUGUUUUCCAGUCGCUGGCCUGCGGUGCCUUUCUAGGGUCUUGGAAAUGCCAGCGCACCAGGUCGUGGGCCGCUAACCAGCCUCUCCCUGGCCGGCUCCCGCCGCGCCGCCUCUCGCUUGCUUCCUCCUCCUCCUGCUGCUCUUCUCCCCCCUGCUCCCAGGACGGCGGGAUGGCUGCGCAGGGCGCCCCGCGCUUCCUCCUGACCUUUGACUUCGACGAGACCAUCGUGGAUGAAAACAGCGACGACUCCAUCGUGCGCGCCGCCCCGGGCCAGCAACUACCGGAGAGCCUCCGUGCCACCUACCGCGAGGGUUAUUACAACGAGUACAUGCAACGGGUCUUCAAGUACCUGGGCGAGCAGGGCGUGCGGCCGAGGGACCUGCGCGCCGUCUACGAGGCCAUCCCCCUGUCGCCAGGCAUGAGCGACCUGCUGCAGUUCGUAGCCAAGCAGGGCUCGUGCUUCGAGGUGAUCCUCAUCUCGGAUGCCAACACGUUCGGGGUGGAGAGCGCCCUGCGCGCCGCGGGCCACCACGGCCUGUUCCGUCGCAUCCUCAGCAACCCGUCCGGGCCCGACGCGCGGGGACUGCUGUCGCUGCGUCCCUUCCACACGCACAGCUGCGCGCGCUGCCCCGCCAACAUGUGCAAGCACAAGGUGCUCAGCGACUACCUGCGCGAGCGCGCCCGCGACGGCGUGCACUUCGAGCGCCUCUUCUACGUGGGCGACGGCGCCAACGACUUCUGCCCCAUGGGGUUGCUGGCGGCCGCGGACGUGGCCUUCCCGCGCCGCGGCUACCCCAUGCACCGCCUCAUCCAGGAGGCGCAGAAAGCCGAGCCCAGCUCCUUCCGCGCCCACGUGGUGCCCUGGGAGUCGGCGGUGGACGUGCGCCUCCAUCUGCAACAGGUGCUCAAGACGUGCUGAGAACAGCCGCCGCCGCCGCCGCCCGAGCAGGGUCGGGGACCCGGAGUUGGGGGGAAGCCAGGGGUGGUGAGAGAGAAAACCUGGGCUGUUUUGGUUUUGUUUUUUUCCUACGCGCCUUUUUCUUUCCAUCUUCGCUUUUGCUAUGUGCUCUUCCGGGAAUUUGUGAAAUUCCAUCCACUUGGGGAGUUUGGGAGCGGGGUUCCGAGCCGGCCCUAUCUAUGCAUUAAAAAAACCAGCGCCGCUGCCUCCCCGCUUCCUUCCACCGCAGCCCAGUGCUACCGGAAGGGAGGGUGUGCGUACCUGGAAAGGCAGCAGUGUCCCCCUGAACUGCUAGGAAGGGUCUCCUGGUAAAUGAGAGAAAGAACAGCUCCCACUGCUUUGACCGCUGCCCCGGGGACUCCCCUCCCCCAGCAUUCCCUCAAGGGGACCCAGGAUCCCUAAAUCAGCAUGCCAACACGGGACUCCCCGCGAACACAGCACCAGGUCUCCUAGAUCUCGCUUCAGCCACGGCAAACCCUCCGCUAGGGCGCUCUACACCUUCUGCCCUCCUCCCAUUCCCCACUCCGCCAGCCAGCCUCCGAGGAAGAACGAGCCAGAGGGAAGUCGCCUCCUGGUGGUGGUACGAGGUAGCGCACUAACCACCCACGGUAAAGCCCACCUGGGACCUCUGAAAGAGCGACUACAUCUCCUCGCACCGCAGCCAGCCUCAUCUAUGCAGCAAGAAGAGACCAAGGACUUUACCAAAGGAGUCCCUGCACUCCCCCCUCCAAUACGGAACAGAAAGCCAUGACGAUUUUUAAGCAGAGCCAGGGAAGCCCAAGCCCCGCCACCCUCUGAUAAUCCAGACCUAUAAAAGAGGUGAAGGGGAACAAA